UUUAGAGUGUGGAACUAUGAAUUCUGUUUACUGAAAAAAAUUGCUACAGCGAGAACGUAAACAGAGCCGUGGCCAUGGCGGUGGAGUGGGGUGCCCGGUGGAGUGAGGUGCGCAAGCUGUUGGAGCGACAGGGGCCAUUCACCCACCCUGACUUUGAGCCAUCGCCUGAGACUCUCAAGAUGAUGCAGGAAAACAUUCGUGUCUUGGUGAUUGGUGCGGGCGGCCUGGGGUGUGAGCUGCUGAAGGACCUGGCACUGAUGGGCUUCACCAACCUGCACGUGGUGGACAUGGACACCAUCGACCUUUCUAACCUCAACAGACAGUUCCUCUUCCGCAAGAAGGACAUCAGCCGGGCCAAGGCAGAGGUGGCAGCAGAGUUCAUCAAUCAGCGGAUCCAGGGUUGCCAUGUCACACACUAUUACAACAAGAUCCAGGACUUUGACGAUGAGUUCUACCGCUCCUUUCACUUGGUGGUGUGUGGGCUGGAUUCCAUCGUGGCGCGGCGCUGGAUCAACGGCAUGCUGCUCUCCCUGCUCUGCUAUGAGGACGGCAUGCUGGACCAGAGUUCUGUGAUCCCUCUGGUAGACGGAGGGACAGAAGGCUUCAAGGGCAAUGCAAGAGUCAUCCUGCCAGGCCUCACCUCCUGCAUUGAGUGUACCCUGGACCUGUUCCCUCCACAGAUCAACUUCCCCCUGUGCACCAUUGCCCACACACCAAGGCUCCCUGAGCACUGCAUCGAAUGGGUGCGUCUGCUACUGUGGCCCAAGGAAAAUCCCUUCUCUGAGGAGACACCCAUUGAUGGAGAUGACCCACACCACCUCAGCUGGAUCUUUGAGAAGGCACAGAAGAGAGCAGCUGAAUUUGGCAUCACUGGAGUGACCUACAGACUGACACAGGGAGUGGUGAAGAGAAUCAUCCCUGCUGUAGCCUCCACUAAUGCUGUCAUUGCUGCCGCCUGCUGCACUGAGGUCUUCAAGCUGGCCACCUCAGCUUGUACACCCAUGAACAACUACUGUGUAUUUAAUGACUCUGAUGGCAUCUACACCUACACCUAUGAGCAGGAAAAGAAGGAGGAUUGUGUUGCAUGCAGUCAAGUCCCACAAGAGUUAUUGGUGAGCCCUUCAGACAAACUUCAGGAUGUCAUAGCUAUACUGACAGACUCCCUUAGAUUCCAGAUGAAGAAGCCUGGGCUACAGGCGAUGGUGGACGGCAAAACUAAAUCCCUUUACCUGCAUUCCCCUGCAUCCAUCGAAGAAAAACUGAGGCCCAACCUCAAGAAAACAGUAGAAGAGCUUGGGCUGCGGGAUGGAAUAGAGAUUGCUGUAGCAGACGUCACAAGUCCCUCUACUGUCCUAUUUAAAGUUAAGCUGAAGAAAUAACCUUUGAUGUAUUAGUGUGUCUUACCUCCGAAUGUGAUACUGUAAUGUGUGUAGAUUUUCUGUACUUAUAGAAUACCGUAGAUCUGCAUUUGAACAUAGAAAAUAAAAUGCCCGGCGUAUAAAUAAAUUAUGCUUUAUUGUGCAUCUGGAUGGAAUUAAAUUGGUGUCUAUAAAA